AUGCGAAAUUUCAUCGCUUUACUCCUGGUGAUCGUUUGCUUGCGUGGAAUGAAUACGCAGAUGAGCGAAAGUUCCGAACAAGCAAAUAUGGAGACAGCUGCAUCUGAAUCCAGCACACAAUCAUCCGUCCAAAGUACUCCGGAUGCUGCCAAGAGCACGACUGCUCCAUCCACACAAGUGUCUUCAAGUGCAACUUUGGUCUCACAAAGCUCAGGAACCACAGCUGCCUCGCCAGCAACCGGAUCUACAGCCGCUCCAGCACAAACGUCCACAGGAAGUGAUUCAGUGCGGCCUUUAAUUCAAGCAGCUGGCUGGACUUUGUUACUCACUACCGGAGCUGCAUUCCUCUGA